AGGUUCGCUCGGUUUAGCAUCCUGGUCCGCCCGAUUAUAAACACAGUUUAACGGUCGUUGCUUCACGUCCAGGGCCUCGGUUUCCUCUCUAAUAACAGAAUGUCCGUGCUGUCAUGACAGCUCUCACCUGGAGGGAAGAAACGUCGUUAGAGCAAAUGUUUAAAAAGCUGUAGUGUUGUUUUCCUGUGUCGGGUCUAAACGAGCGGGGGGACGUUUGAGGACACCGUCCGACUGAGGAGAGCGGAGCCACACAUUAAACCAAAAUGGCAACCCCGUAUGUGACAGAUGAAUCUGGGAAAUAUAUUGCUGCCACUCAGCGACCUGAUGGAACAUGGAGGAAGCCGAGGCGGGUGAAGGAUGGUUAUGUCCCCCAGGAGGAAGUCCCGGUCUACGAAAACAAGUAUGUGAAGUUUUUCAAGAGCAAACCAGACCUGCCGCCUGGCCUCAGCCCGUCUGAGGCAGCUCCACCAAAACAGCAGCAGCAGCAAAAGGUCCCCGGUUGUGCUGACAGCGAGGGAGCCGGCCUCUCAAAGUCGGCCAAACGCAACAUGAAGCGUAAAGAAAAGCGAAAACAGCAGCAGCACCAAGGCCAGGACGGAGAUGUGGAUGUGGAGGCGGUGAGUGACGCUGUCGAGAAUGUGACCAUUUCAGAAGGAGGCGAGUCCUCGAACAAGACGGCGGCGCCUGCCUCUGUCUCGCCUCCCGAUGACUCCUCGGCGGCGGCGGCAGCAGCUGAAAAGGCCAAGAAGAUCAAAAACCUGAAAAAGAAGCUGCGACAAGUUGAGGAGUUGCAGCAGAAAGUGGACUCAGGGGAAAUAAAACAGCCGACAAAGGAUCAGUUGGAAAAGCUGGGUCGGGCAAAGGCCUUACAAGACGAGUUACAGCAGCUCGAGCGAGAUUCUUGAAGCAAUAAAAGGACAGGAGGAGAGUCAGACAGACUGAACAUACAAACCACACACUGAAACACAGGGAAGGGACCUUUGCAGCUUUGUGAUCACAGCUUUCAUCAAACAUACUCUACCUAUUUGAUAUUCAUAAUGGACUCUGGAAGCGAACACAGUCUCAGCAUCUUUCAAGCAGAGAACGACAGGAUGUCGAUGUAGCAGGCUCCACAUCUUCAGAACUGACAAGCCUGUUUUCUAGAUUCAAAUCUCUAAAUAGCAUUAUGACUCCUGCUCAUAUACUUGUAUUGGCCAGGCCAUUCAUUUAUAAAUAUCUUUUAAAGACCUCGUUGUGAAUUGUUUUGUGCAUGUCUGUCCUUUCCAUUUUGUACCUUUCAUAGCAUCAAGUAUCACUUACAUAAGAAAUAGAAAAAAAAAAAAAAUUCUGUUGAGGAGAAUAUAGUUUGUUGACCUUUCUGCUUUAACAUUUUUGUUAAUGAUUGGAUGGCCUCUUGUAGUCACACUAAUGUUGAGUCUAUACAGUCAUUACAUUGAUUAAAGCUACAUGCUGCAUAAAGUGUUUAUCUCAUAUUGCUUUUUACAGGAAGAGUUACAUGAAUAAAUGGAGAGUUAUUUUGGGAGGAUGUAAAUUCAUAGAAAAACAACUAUAUUUUGGUGUCACUGGGUAUUUUGGAAUCAAGUUAUACACUUAAAUGGUGAGGCUGGUGAUGCUGUAUAUUUUACAUGACACCCUACUGUCAACAAAUCCCAUAAAAAGACAGAAACCACCUACCAGUGAGUAUUGUCUGUGCAGCUAAACCCUGGUGUAGCUUGUUCCUCUGUGCCAUAGAGCUCCAUUGUUUUCUAAAAAUGAUUAAAAACACAUUAAUGACUCACAA